AAGGAUCUAAAGCUGGCGAACUAAUAGAACUUCUCUGGCUUCCUAUUGGUUCCAUGAUAGUUCCCUGCCAGUUCUAUGAUAGUUCCAUGACAGUUCCAGGCACUACCAGGUCGCUACCAUGGUGCCAGCUUGGAUCCUUCAAAUCACAUGCCCUAAAGAUCGACCAAAAUUAUGGUAAUCAAAUAGGCGCAAAGG